AAUGAAGGAAAAAAAUUAAAAAAUGAUGAAAUCGGAGACUACUCCCGCGCGGCAGCCAAAGAAUGGCACGAGAAUCCGCAAAUUCAUUGGUAUUUCGAGAUUCUCGAAAAUUUAGCUAAAAGAGUACAUAAUCAGGAAUAUAAAGAUUUUAAAUUUUCACCCCAAAAAAGGGGGAAAAACAAGUCAAACACUGUAAAUAAUAAACAAACUAAAAAGUUUUCAGAAUCAAUGUGUUUUGACUUUCAAGGAAUUUUCAACCAUAAUGAUGUUCCAGAAGAAGUAGUCGUAAAUCAAGAAACUACGGAGUUUUCGGAAUUUUUUGAUUUCGAUUAUUAUUAUUCGCAACUUCAGUGCUUUCCUUAA